AAUGUUUGUGAACAAUAGAAUACACAAGUUCUCCAUAAUAAUUGUGUUUAAUCUUUGAAGUAAUUUCGUUAAGAAUGUUUACGACCAAGUGAACAUUUUAUCUUUUAUUCGGUGUUGUUAGGUGGAAUGUCUGUUUGUACUUGAAAUAUAAUUGCAAAGUAACCACCCUAAAAAUAUAAAAUGUUUACACUACCUUAAAUAUAAACUAAGAUAACGUGUGUCAGUGUAGGUAGUGAUGAAUGAACAACAGAGAAAGAGAAAAAUUUUGAUGUCAAUGCAAAUAAUUAUGAGUCAAAAUUGGAAUUCUAAAUUCAGAAUAAAUGAAAUCAAUUUGCAUGUUUUUUGCAAAACACUUCGGAAAAAGAAAUAUAUACGUUUUCCAUCCAAGAUCCUGUCGCACAUCCUGUGGAAUUGAUGCAUUUGCACAUGCAUUUGCACAUGCGUAGAAUGUGCAACGUAUCUAGUUACGUCACAAUGCUUAUUGAUGUAAUAUCAAAUGUGUAGAGUGUUCAACUUGUCUAGUUACGUCACAAUGUUUAUUCAAGAUGAUCGCGUGCCAUCAUCUUUUCCGAAUUUUCAAAGAGAAAAGUGUUAGAAAGCAAUGAACACAAGAAACAAUCUUACUAAUGAAGAUUUGAAUUAUAUUGAGCCAAAUGAAGAAGAACGUUUGAAAUUGGAAGAGAAUCUUGACGGGUUACAGAAACGUAUCUGUGAAUUUGAAGUUUAUAUGAUGCAAAUGGAAGCGGCCUUCGUAAGGUUGCAGAAAGAAAGAGAUAAAAUUGACAAAGAAAACGUAGAGUUACAAAAGGAAAAUGAAAAGUUUCAUCAAGAGAUUAAAUUUGAGAAAAUACACAAUGCAGAUUUGAUGAACGAACUAAGAAAAAGUAGAAGAAAUCACGUUGCUGUGGAAAAAAAUGAAAAGGAAAGCUCUAGGAUAUCAUUAUUUGAACGAGUCCAUCCCUUGGUAAUUGCAAAAUCUGUCGUUCAAAAGACUUUACUGUUCAUGUGGUGGUCAGGAUUUUGGUUUUACGAAGGACUUUCUAUAUUCGGUUUGGAUAACAAAUGGGAAAAAAUGGAGCGAAAAAAGAGACGUUUGGAGGAAGAAAAUAAAGAAAUUGAAAGAGAAGUAUUACGAUUAAAGAAAUACAUCUGUGAACAACAGAAAGAACUCGUCUCGCAGAAACAUACAAAUUUUGAACUUCUUAAUCAGCUUACAGAAUGUGUUGAUAUGAACAAUAGAAAGAUCAUGGUUCUUGAAGAAAUAUGGAGGAAAGUUGAAGGAUAUACAAAUAUUUUAGAAGAUCAUUUUGUCGAAUUGAAGUCCAAAGAUUGGCGCAUGUGUGAAUCUUCUGAUAACGUUCUAAAGAAUACUUCAUGUAAGACUACUGAAAAUGAAUUGUGAAAACAAAUUCAAUAAAAUGGAAAAUUCUG